AUGGUCGAGUGUCUAGACGGUUCUUGUGCCGUUGUGGUUCAGACUCGCGACGAAAAACGCAAAAGCUUUAAGCAUGAUGAGUCGAGCGCUGCAGACAUCUAUCAAGGCCUUCGCGAUGAUCUGUUCCGCAUUGGACAGAACUACUUUGUCUUUAACUUUGACCUCGCGCGUAUUGAAGGCGACCUUCAUGAUGCGUGGGACGAGCUGAUCCAUGCCGCAAAACGUCUUCCAUUGGAUGGUGCAGAGCAUGAUAGGCUUGUCACACUCAUCUUAGAGCUUCGAGAACUUGGACAGCUCCAGAGAAAGAAAAAGGACACUGACCUGGAGGAAGUGGCUGUCAUGCCCAACGGUGAGCGGCUAUGGAUCGAUCUCCCUUACCUCGCAGAGGAGCUCUACGCAUCUUGGAUGAGAGAAUCUACGUCUCUCACCAGGCAUGAGCGGCAGAGCCUCGCCGUCUUUUCAGGUAAACUCUGCGCCGUUGGGGUUUGCGUUCCCGAGCUAGCUCAAAGCGCGCUGUGGCUGCUUAAAGAGGCGCUGGAAACGGAUAGGCCAGAGACUGGUCCCAGCACCGGAAGUCGCGCUUUGGUCAGGGCGUCACCGACCAUCGCCGACCUACUACCGGCAUGCCUCGCGUGGUUGAAGUUUGGGAAUGGCAAGCUCGCUAAACUAUCCUUGGAGAACUAUCGUCCUACCACUGUUCAGGUUGAUGUUUCAUCACAUUCCCCGGGGUCCCUCGCGACAGGAUCCGGUAUUGAGAGCGAGGGCUUCAGCUUGGCAAGAUGGCUCUUUUGGAGACAGCGUUUGGGUGAUUUAUACCGUCAUGGCUGCGACGAGGUCGCGAAACUUGCCAGAGCCUGCUUUGAAGAGAUGAUCUACGCAGGGCUCGCGAUGAGCAUCGACAUUCCUGGUGAGAAAAGGUACUUAGCAAAACUCUUCGAAGCUCUCGACAAAGAGCUUGCCUCUAAACCCAAGUGGAGUUGUCUUGGUGCCGAAGAUAUCGAGAUUGACCCGACGUGGGCAAUUGAGGACCAUGGCGGUGGUGCGGCAUGA